CACCUUUCUCUCUGCAAACCCUAAUUUUCUUUCUCUCCUAAACUCUCUCAUCUUCUUCUUCCAUCUUCCUGUACCUUUCAUUUCCAGAGAAACUGAGAUGAUAGGAUAACUUAUUAUAACUGCGGUCAUUUCAAAACUGUAAAGAAACGCCGAGAUUUGGGUUUUAUAUAAAUGGAGAUGAAUCCGUGUGACACGAAUCAGCUCGAUUCCGAUUCACAUCUCCCUCCUCGAAAGAGGUUACUUGCUGGAUUCAAGAAACUAAACUCCAACGCCAAUGGAUCUUCUCCUUGUGAUUUCGCUUCUUCUUCCUCUACUUCAAACUCAAACGGAUCUUCCUCUGCUUCAACCGAUGUUCAGACCCAUCUAGACAACUUGUUAGCUUCCCGUUUCAACAAUGACCAGAAUCAGUCACCGGAAGAGCUCGUUGAGGCGACAAGAUCCGCAGCUGCUUUAGCGGUUAAAGCUGCAAAGGUGGCGAGGGCGAUCGCCAACGAGAAGGCCUUGAUUUCCUCAAAGGCGAUUGCUGCGGCUAAGAGGGCACUGGAAUUGGUUGAUUCUUUCCCUAAAGAAGCUACACCUGAUUGCAAGGAGAGGUCUCCUAAGAAGAACAAGCAGAAGAAACAUGUCCCCGUCGAGCUUUUGUAUUCCAAGGGAAAGCUAAGAGGCGAGGAAGACGAUUUAGCACGUAGAUUGCAUCGGGCUAUAGACUCGUAUCCUAGAGUCUUGAGAACGUACUCGGAUUUCGAGGAGAAUGGACAGAGAUACAAGAAGCAUAAGAAGAACAAGAACGUAGUUGAAGGUGGGAGUAGUAGUAUUAUAGUAACCGGCUCCAUGAAAGACAUUGCCGGAGUCGUGGAUUCAGACAGCUCCUAUGAAGGGUUAGAGAUAGCUAGAUCAAACAGGGACGAAGAAGCGAAUUCAACACUGAUGAAGGAGAAAGCGGGGGAGGAAAGCAGCUCAUUGAGUAGAAGAAGAGGAAGAGUGAAGCUAAAGAAGCUUCCUUUGAGCAUUUGUAAUUCUAGAAAUCAAGAAAACGGAACUCCCUCCACGUCAACUCCAUUACCGGUGGCUCAGCCGCAGGAGGACGGCGUCAUCCCAGGAUCGUCCUCUUGGAAAUGCCAGGACCUGAAGGCUCCAGAAUGUGCGAAACAGAACAAAGCCGUACGGUCAUAGUGACUACUACUGUCUUGUCUAGAGAAGAAAAAUGGCUCUUUUUUUCUUCAAGAGAUGGGUCAGCAUUGCCAUUUUCAGUAUAAGAAUCAGAUUGCUGUUUCCUUUUUUGGAUGUGUUUGAGAUUUAUGUUAUAUAUUGUUAAAUAUAUACAUAAUAAUACACUUUAUUUGCCAUUACAGUUGUGUAAAUCAGGAAGGUUUGAUUAUUUUGGAUU